UUGUAUAAGUAGACUGAGUUCUGAGGAGCAUUUCAGUUCGAGAAUUUCCUCUGAGUCUAUCCACUAGCAACGACAAAUAUGAACGGUUUGUCUCUUUCAUCGCUUGUGUUGCCUGUUCUUCUGGCGUGCUUCGGGCCACUAGUAGCCGGACAAAACUGCCCGUACCCUGACCCAUUGGACCAUUCCGUUCUGUUUCCGGAUCAAACAAACUGUUCCAGAUAUUUUAUAUGCAGCAAUGGAAAACCAAUACAGCAGAACUGUCCAGCAGGACUAUAUUUCAAUGACCACUGGAAGGUCUGCGACCAUGCUUACAACGUGAAUUGCGUGCCACAGUGCAGCCCGCUGCCGAAGGAUGACGGGGGAUACUGGUCGCCGGCUACAUGCAGCUCCGGUUUCAACAAGCAAGGCGCAACUUGCAAGCUGGAAUGUGAUCAGGACCAUGUCCUGAGGGGCAGCGCUUCCGUUCAGUGCACGGAGAGCGGCUGGAACAGCUCCAAUGGGAACUUCAUACCGAGAUGCGAACGUGAGUACCGGCUAUAUGUGUUCAGCGCCCGGCUUCUUUGA